AUGGCGGAAGGCCUGCGGAGGCCGGGGGUCUGGAGGACAGCGCUACUGUUCCUGGCGGUCCUGACCGCCCGCUGGUCGGCGGUUUCGGGCACUCUCGAGCUCCAGCUGGACGAGGAGCAGCCGGCGGGGACCAUCGUGGGCGACAUCAGCGCAGGCCUGCCGCCCGGGGUCACCGCCUCGCUCUACUUCAUCUCCGACCACGACGGCACGGGCGUGGGCAGCGACCUGCACAUCGACGAGACCACCGGCAUCAUCAAGACCGCCAAGGUGCUGGACCGCGAGGCGCGGGACCGCUACAGCUUCAUCGCCGUCACCAUGACCGGGAUCACCGUCGAGGUCACCGUGGUGGUCAACGACAUCAACGACCACUCCCCGCAGUUUCCCAAGAAGAAGGUCGUGUUCAAGAUCCCCGAGCAGACGGCGGUGGGCACCCGGUUCUCCCUGGAUCCGGCGUCAGACUCCGACGAGGACCAGCUGACCACUCAAGGAUACCUCAUCAAAGACGGCAACAUUGGCCAGGCCUUCCGUCUGGAGACUAAGAGAGGCGCCAACAAGGUUCUGUACCUGGACCUGGUGGUCAACGCCGUCCUCGACAGGGAGAAACGCUCGUCCUACUCCCUGGUCAUCGAGGCCUUCGACGGGGGCUCCCCCAAGAAGACCGGGCAGAUGCUUCUGGAGGUUUCCGUCCAGGACAUAAACGACCACGCGCCCGUCUUCAACCAGAGUCGCUACCACGCCUUCAUCUCCGAGAACCUGCCGCUGGGCAGCAACAUCCUUCAGGUGUUCGCCACGGACGCAGACGAGGGGGACAACGGCCUGGUCCUGUACGAGAUUAACCGCCGGCAGAGCGACCCCGAGCGCUACUUCGCGAUCGAGCCUCGCUCCGGCGUCAUCGCGCUCAACAAACCUCUGGACUACGAGGAGAGGAAGGUCCACGAGCUGGUGGUGCAGGCGCGGGACAACGCCUCUCAGCCCGAGGUCACCAACGCCUUCGUCACCAUUCACGUGCGCGACUUCAACGACAACCAGCCCACCAUGACCAUCAUCUUCCUCAGCGAGGACGGGACGCCGCGAAUCUCCGAGGGGGCCCAGCCCGGCCAGUACGUGGCCCGGAUCUCCGUCACCGACCCGGACUACGGCGAGUACGCCAACGUCAACGUGUCCCUGGAAGGAGGGGACGGGAAGUUCGCCCUCACCACCAAGGACAGCAUCAUCUACCUCAUCUGUGUGGACCAGAUCUUGGACCGCGAGGAGAGGGACUCGUACCAGCUCAGGGUCAUGGCCACCGAUUCCGGGACACCCCCUUUGAGGGCUGAGUCAUCCUUCACCAUCCAGGUGAUGGACGUCAAUGACAACCCGCCCCUCUUCGACCAACAGGAGUACAAGCACGCCAUCCCGGAGGUGGUCUACCCGGGAAGCUUCGUGCUCCAAGUCACCGCCCGGGACAAAGACCAGGGUCCAAACGGUGACGUCCGCUACAGCAUCCUACGGGACGCGGGGACCCACUCCGACUGGUUCGCCAUCGACCCCGACACGGGCAUCAUCACCACCGCCGCCCAGCUGGAUUACGAGACCGACCCCAGGCCCAGCGUUACCGUGGUAGCCACGGACGGCGGGAGGCCGCCGCUCUCCUCCACCGCCGUGGUCAACGUCAUCCUGCAGGAUAUAAACGACAACGAGCCUGUUUUCGGGAGCAGCACCUACAACGUGUCCAUCAAGGAGAACACCUCGGCUGGGACCUGCUUCCUCCAGGUGACGGCGUCCGACGCGGACAGAGGCUCGUUCGGCUCCGUCUCGUACUCCCUGGGGUCGGGGGGCGACGGCGGGAGCCCCGCCCAGUUCACCGUCGGCAAGGAGACGGGGCAGAUCUGCACCAGCGUGGCGCUGGACCGGGACCAGGGCCCGGUCAGCUACGAGUUCACCAUCACCGCCGUGGACGGGGGAGGGCUGAGCUCGGUGGCCUUGGUGACGGUUCAGCUCCAGGACAUCAACGACAACAGGCCCACCUUCUACCCGCUGCACUACGCCGUGAGCCUGAGCACCCAGAGCACGCCCGGGACCUCCGUCGCCCGGGUGACGGCCUACGACCCCGACGCGGGGGAGAACGGCAGGGUGACUUACCGCACGGUGCAGGGCGGGAGCUCCAGCUACUUCACCCUCAACAAGGACACGGGCGUGAUCUCCCUGUCGCGCUCCCUGCACGGGAAGGCCAACUCGGUCAUCCCCAUGGUGAUCUCGGCGCAGGACGGGGGCGGGCUGACCGCCCCGGUGAACGCGCGGGUGAACAUCAGCGUGGUGGCCGGCUCGGUGGCGCCCCCUGUCUUCGAGCAGGCGCAGUACUUCUUCGCCGUGACGGAGGACGCCAUGCGCGGGACGGUGGUGGGCCUGGUCCGGGCGAACAGCCGCAACGGCGCCUCCAAAGACGUCUCCUACACCAUCUCCUCCGGCGACCCUGACGGGUACUUCACGGUGGACCCAGAGUCGGGCGCCCUGCGGACCAGCCUGCCCCUGGACCACGAGGCCCGGUCCUCCCUGGACCUGGAGCUGCAGGCCCGGUCGGGCUCUCCCCCGGCCUACGGUCAGACCCGGGUCCGGAUCACGGUGGCCGACAUCAACGACAACGCCCCCGUCUUCCUCCCCUCCUCCUCCGAGUCGCUCCUGCUGCCCGAGGCCACCAAAAUGGGAGCGGUGGUGUACCGGGUCCGGGCCCAGGACGGCGACUCGGGCCCCAAUGGGCAGGUGACCUUCGACCUGGCGUCCCCGGGCGCCCAGCGCACCUUCGCCGUGGACCGGGGCAGCGGGGAGGUGCGGCUGAUCGGCGGGCUGUCGUACGAGAGCGUCCCGCGGUACGACCUGGUGCUGACGGCCCGGGACGGCGGCGUCCCCCAGAUGAGCUCCACCUUCACCCUGGUGGUGCACGUGCAGGCGGAGGACCAGCAGGGGCCGGUGUUCGACACCCUGGUGUACCGCGUGGAGCUCCGGGAGGGGACGCCCCUCAGCACCCGCUUCCUGCAGGUCCGCGCGCUCAACCGGGAGGCCAGCGGGGCCAACGGAGGCUCCGCCCCGUCCUCCGCCUCCCCGGGGGCGCUGGCCUAUCACCUGCGGCCGGACGGGGACGCGGCGUGCUUCGGCAUCGCCCCCGACAGCGGGUGGCUGUUCGUGAAGAGCGCGCUGGACCGCGAGGCCAAGGACAUGUACCUGCUGACGGUGCUCGCCACGUCGGGCAGCGGCCGGCUCAAGCGGACGGGCAGUGCCACCGUCCGCGUCUCGGUGACGGACGAGAACGACAACGCGCCCCGCCUCGCGCAGGACCGCGCCUUCCUGGCCGUGCGCGAGAACCUCCCCGCCGGGACCGGGUUCGGGAGGGUGGCGGCCUCCGACCGAGACUCCGGCCUCAACGCUCGGCUCACCUACCGCCUCCUGCACCCCGACUCCAACUUCCAGAUCAACUCUCAGACAGGUGAGAUCAGCACCAGAGUGAUGUUGGACAGGGAGCUCCAGUCGGGGUACCAGUUGGGGGUGGUGGUUCAGGACGGGGGCACGCCCCCCCGCACUGCCACGGGCACCGCCCACAUCACCGUGCUGGACGACAACGACAACGCCCCCACCUUCACCCACGCCCCCGGGGGAGAGCUUCUGCUGCAGGUGAUGGAGGGCCAGGCCCCUGGAUUCCUGCUGGGGGCCCUGCAGGCCAAAGACAUAGACGAGGGAGAGAACAGCACCGUGAUCUACUCCCUGUCUGGCCCCCGGCUGGAGCGCUUCUCUCUGAACCCCAACACGGGAGAGCUGCGGACCUCUUCGCCCCUGAGCCAGGCCGAGAGGGCGGAGUACAGCUUCACCGUGACCGCCACGGACCGCGGCAUGCCCCCCCAAAGCACCGACUGCACCCUGACCAUACAGGUUCUGAGUUCCAAGAAGGCUGCCCCAAAACCCAACACCCUCUCCAUGACCCUCACCGCGGUGGAGGGGGCCAAGCCGGGCUCCGUCGUCGGCUCGGUCCGGUCGCGCGACCAGCAGAAGGUUCCGGAGGACGGCCAGGUGACCUACGUGGUGGUGGGCGGCACGGACCGGGACGGCACGUUCAUGGUGGACCGCCUGACGGGCGACGUGUACCUGACCCGGGAGCUGGACUACGAGCGGGGCGCGCGGUACUCCCUGCGCGUGGAGGUGGACGACUUCUCCACCGCCUAUCCCAGCAGCCACCUGGUGCAGCUCAGCAUCGAGGUGCAGGACAGCAACGACCACGCGCCCCAGUUCCCCGAGGACCCCGUCACCGUGGUGGUGCCCGAGAACAUGGAGCCCGGCUCCUCGGUCUACACCUUCCAGGCGGUGGACCGGGACGGGAGCGGGCCCAACAGCGAGGUCCGCUACUCCAUCCAGCACCGCUGGCCCGACGCCCCCGACCUGCUGCUCCUGGACCCCGUCACCGGGGUGCUGACGCUGGGCGGGCCGCUGGACCACGAGGCCGCCUCCAGCCUGGUUCUGGUGGUGCGGGCCACGGACUCUGCGCCCGACCCGGGCCAGAGGCGCUGGGGCUCGGUGACGGCGCGCGUCUUCGUGACGGACGAGAACGACAACGCGCCCGCGUUCGGCUCGCCCGCCGCCGUCAGCGUGAUGGAGGACCAGCCGGCCGGGUUCGUGGUGCUGUACGUGAUGGCGCGGGACGCCGACCGCGGGGAGAACGGCCGCGUCACCUACCGCAUCCGGGACGGGAAUGCCGGGGCCCGAUUCAGCCUCAACCCCAACACAGGUUCCCUCACCAUCCUGAAGGCCCUGGACCGUGAGGAGCAGGCGCUCUAUAACCUGACCGUCGUCGCCGAGGAUCAUGGGACGCCGCAGCACUCCACCACCCAGCUGCUGUCCAUCCAGGUGAUCGACGUCAACGACGAGGUGCCCUGGUUCCAGAAGAGCGAGUUCGAGGCCCAGGUCUCCGAAAACCAGGGGCCCGGAACCACCGUGCUGACCGUGACCGCCUCCGACCGGGACCAAGGGACCAACGGUCAAGUGACGUACGGGGGCAUCGUGGAAGAGGGGUUCACCAUCGACCCAGAAACGGGGGUCAUCUCCACCACCAAAACCCUGGACAGGGAGGCGCAGGACCGCUACACUGUGACAGUCUAUGCAAAAGAUGGCGGGCUUCCACCGAACUUCUCCAAGGCGACGGUGAGGAUUGAGGUUCUGGACGAGAACGACAACGCCCCAGUCUUCAGCAGGGCCCUCCACAGCCUUGAGGUCCCCGAAAAUCAGGAGCCGGUGGCCCUGUUCACCCUGAGGGCCACAGACCAGGACGCAGGGGACAGCGGGAAAGUAGAGUACAGGAUCACAGCGGGUGACGCUGCAGGGGACUUCCUGCUGGACAGCAGCACCGGACAGCUGUCUACGGCCCGGUCUCUGGACCGGGAGAGCAGGGCCGGCUACACGCUGACGGUCGUGGCCCAGGACCGCGGCCCCGCCCCUCUGAGCAGCACCGCCACGGUGGAGGUGACCGUCCUCGACGUCAACGACAACAGCCCCAAAUUCCCCAGCGCCGCCUACGCCGCCGACGUGGGGGAGGACGCCGCGCCGGGCUCGCCCGUGCUGGAGGUGACGGCGGGCGACGCGGACGAGGGGGAGAACGGGCGCGUCCAGUACUUCCUGUCCAGCGAGUCGGCGGGGACGUUCGCCGUCGACCAGGACUCGGGCCGCAUCACCGUGGCGACGGCGCUGGACCGCGAAAAACGGGCCUCCUACGAGUUCCUGGUGGAGGCGGUGGACUCCUCCCCCGCCGGGCCGCGGAACAGCAGCGCCCGCGUGACGGUCAACGUCCUGGACGUCAACGACAACGCCCCCUUCUUCAUCCAGGACCCGCUCGUCAUCAACGUCUCCAGCAGCGGCGUCUCGGCCAAUCAGGUGGUGGCCACCAUGAAGGCCGAGGACAAGGACUUCGGCGCCAACGGCUCCGUGUUCUACCGAUUCGCCGGGCCGGUGCGCGGGUUCGCCAUCAACUCUCUGACCGGCCAGAUACAGGUGACAGAGAAGCUGCAGUCCCUGACGCAGAGCCAGCGCACCCUCAUCGUGGAGGCCAUGGACCAGGGCAGCCCCGCCCAGUCCUCCCUGGGGGUGGUGCUCAUCUACGUGCGGGAGCAGGAGUACAGGGGCAUCCGCUUCUCCCGAAACGCCAGGGACGUCAGCCUGCAGGAGAACGCCAGCACAGGCACGGCUGUGGCGCAGGCCCAGGCCCAGCACCCCGACGGCACCCGCAGGGGGAUCUCCUACAGCAUCUUCAGCGGAAACAGUCUGCAGGCCUUCCGCAUCACCACCGCCACAGGUGAGAUCGUAGUGCAGGACUCCUCCGGCCUGGACUUUGAGGACACGCCUCGACUCCGCCUAGUGGUGAAGGCGGAAACUGCGUCUUCCAGCUCCUACAUGGCCAUCAACCUCAUCCUCCAGGACGUCAACGACAACCUGCCGCGCUUCCAGCUGCAGAACUACGUGGUCUACAUGCGGGAGGCGCAGGGCUACGACAUUCCCAUCAUCCGGGUUCUAGCCGAUGACAUGGACCAGGGCCCGAACGGGCAGGUGACCUACUCCAUAAAGUCGGCCACCAGCAGCGGCCUCUUCCGGAUCGAUCCAGCCACGGGCAGCGUCACCACGGCGGCCAUCAUGGACAGGGAGAUCUGGACGCAGAUGAAGCUGGUCGUCACGGCGACGGACCGUGGCAACCCCCGAUUGGCCGGCCAGGCGACGCUCACGGUGAUCGUCGUGGACCUCAACGACAACAGCCCCACGAUCCCCCUGCCGCGGGAGAUACGCGUGGCGGAGAACACGCUGAUCGGCACGGAGAUCACCCAGGUGACGGGGAACGACGUGGACUCCGGCCCCGCCCUGUCGUACUCCCUCCAGCUGGACGCCCACUCGCAGGGGAAGUUCGGCAUCCACCGGUACGGGGGCGGAGUGUCCCUGACCGCCGCGCUCGACUUCGAGGAGAGGACCUGGUACACGCUGACCAUCCGCGCCUCCGACUCCAAGCACCAGAGCGAGGCCAACCUGACCGUGCUGGUGGAGGAUGUCAACGACAACGCGCCCAUCUUCACCCAAGAUCUCUACCAGGUAACGCUGCCCGAGCGUUCUCCACCAGGAAGUCCCGUCAUCACAGUGACAGCAACUGACCGAGACUCAGGAGACAACGGGAAGGUCCGCUAUCGAGUGAUGUCAUCGAGCAGAGAUGGCUUUUACAUCGACCCCAAGAAUGGCACCCUGUUCAUCUCCCAGGAGACGCAGUUUGACCCCGAGCGCCCCUCCGUCACCGUGGUGAUCGAGGCUCGGGACAGCGGAACCCCGGCCCUGUCCUCGGUCACCACCGUCCAGGUGCAGCUGUCCGACGUCAACAACAACGCCCCGACCUUCCACCAAUCAGAGUACAGGGCCACCGUGUCCGAGGACGGCCUCCCCGGGGCCACCAUCCUGACCCUGGAGGCCGUGGACGGGGACCUGUCGCGGGACAACUGCGGCUUCGACUUCGCCAUCGCCAGCGGCAACGCCGGGAACGCCUUCCAGAUCGAGAGCAGCGUGCGCUUCCUGGAGGGCCGGGGCUUCCAGACGGUGGGGACGCUGAUCCUGGCCGAGCGGCUGGACUUCGAGAGCGCGGCGCGCUACAACCUGACCGUGGUGGUGUCGGACCGCGGCGUCCCCCAGCGCAGCUCCAGCGUCCCCGCGGUGAUCACCGUCACCGACGCCAACGACAACGCGCCCGCGUUCGGCCGGGCGGAGUACGCGGUGGCGCUCAGCGAGGGCGCCGCGGCGGGAACCGAGAUCCUGCGUCUGACCGCCACCGACCCGGACUCGGCGCCCAACGCCGAGGUGCAGUACGCCAUCAGCUCGGGCGACGAGACGGGGCUGUUCUCCGUCGACCAGUGGACCGGGGCCCUGCGUCUGCGCCGCCCGCUCGACCGCGAACGCCGCUCCACCCACACGGUCGUGGUCCGGGCCUCGGACGGCAGCGGGAACUUCGCCCUGGCCCCGGUCACCGUGGAGGUGAAAGACGUCAACGACAACAAGCCCUACUUCCCGCUGGACACCCUGACGGCCAGCUUGCGGGAGAACCAGCCGCCCAACGCCCCCGUCACCGUGCUGCACGCCAUCGACCACGACACCGGGGUCUACGGCACGCUGCGGUACUACAUGGCGGAACGUUCCGGCGAGGGCACGGCCUCCUUCUUCGUGAACCAGACCUCCGGGGAGGUGCGCUCGCGCUUCACCUUCGACUUUGAGAAGCUCAACUCCUUCAGCUUCGUGGCUCUGGCCAUGGACGCGGGGAACUACACGGCCACCGUGACGGUGCAGGUCUACGUCACCGGGGAGGACGAGUACGACCCCCUCUUCGCCGCCUCCGAGUUCUCCUUCGAGGUGCCCGAGGGGGCGCAGAAGGGGCAGAGCAUCGGGCAGGUCCUGGCCAGCGACGAGGACGGGGGCGUGGACGGGAUCGUCCUGUACUCCAUUCCGGGCGGGUCGCCCUACUUCGACGUCAAUGCCACCACGGGCGUGGUCUUCCUGAAGAUGGACGGGUCCGGUCGCCACGGCGGUGGGGGCCGGUCCGGCGGGCGCUCCAGGAGGGAGGCGAAGCCGCCAGCGCGCACGAUGACCCUGGACGUGACGGCGCACAGCCCCCUGGACACUUCCCGCGUUUCCACCGCCCAGCUGACCAUCGAUGUGAGCCGCACGACCUUCGGCCUCCCGCCGGACGUCAACGUCCUUCUCAUCAGCAUCAUCGCCGUCUCCCUGGGCGUCAUCAUCAUCCUCAUCGCCGUCGCCGUGGCGCUGUGCCUGGUGAGGUCACGGCGGCGCAAGAAGAAGGAGCGGCAGGGGGCGCCGGCCGGGACCGCCAUGCAGAAGCUGGACGAGUCCAAAACGGCGGCCACGGGCAGCGAAAGGAUCUACCACCAGACGCUCCCGGGGUACGCCGGAGACCAGGGAGGGGCCGGCGGGGUGGGGGCCUAUCCCCGGGGGGGCUCCCUGGACCCCUCCCACUCCAGCGGACGGGGCUCGGCCGAGGCGGCGGAGGACGAUGAGAUCCGGAUGAUCAACGAGUACCCGCGCGUCUCCAGCAUCACCUCCUCCAUGCAGGAGCACAUCUCCGCCCGCGGGCCCGACUCGGGCAUCCAGCAGGACGCCGACCAGCUCUCGGACAUCUCCUGCGAGCCCGGCAUGGAGGCGGGGCAGUGGUUCAAGGGCAGGAAGCUGGGGAGCCUGAGCGGGACCAUGGGGUCGGGACAGCACCCCAUCUACCGGGACGAGGGCGGGGGCUACCUGGGGGUGGGACGGGGUCUGAACAUCCCCCAGUCCAAGGACUACGCCUUCCCCGAGGACGGCAAGCCGGCGGUGGACGGCUCGCUCACCGCCAUCGUGGCCAGCGAUGAAGAGCUCCGCGGCAGCUACAACUGGGACUACCUGCUCAACUGGUGCCCGCAGUUCCAGCCCCUGGCCAACGUCUUCACCGAGAUCGCCCGGCUGAAGGACGAGACCGCCACGCCCAACAACCUCCCCCGCCGGCCCUUCCAGCCCAAACCCAAGGUGGACCCCAAGCCCCGGAUCGACCCGCCGCCCCUCAUCACCUCGGUGGCCCACCCGGGGGCCAAGUCCGUCCCCCCGAAACCCGCCGUGAGCCGGACGUUCCCCCACCUGGCGUCCCUGCGCCGGUCCCCCAUCAGCCACGAGGGCUCCAUCUCCUCGGCGGCGAUGUCGCCCAGCUUCUCGCCGUCCCUGUCCCCGCUGGCCGCCCGGUCCCCCGCCGUCUCGCCCUUCGACGUCACCCAGGGACCGUCGGCCUCCAUGAUCAGCACCGCUGAGCACUCCAUGGACAACAGCGACGAGGCCGAGAUGAGGAUCUGAUGACGCCCGGCAGAGGCUCGUUCUCCGCCCACUCUGGAGCUCCUUAAAGAUCGCAACGGCCUGUGUGGCUGGGAAGGGAAAAGAAUACACAAAAAAAUGCAUCUUCUCACAAAAAUGCUAAUUACCUCCCAAAUGAAUACCGCUAUAAACUACAGUCAAAACAGUAGAGGCACAAUCUGCAUUUCAAGUGGCAAAGAGGUAUAAAUAAUCCGCAAAAAGACAGGAGCUACCCGUAUUAAGUAUGCAAUACAUACAUGCAAAUAAGUAUUUCAAACACACGGAUUUCAAGUAACUGCUCAUCCCUGGUGACGGUGAAGAAUGCUGGUCUCGUCCCUCACCCUGAAUGAGUGAGACCCCUGAGGACUCAAUUCAGGGGGACCUCUCUCUGCCCGCCCAACGGUGCAGCCCUACGCCUCAGUAUUCACUAUACAGUAAAUAACUGUGUUCUGUCGUUGUGUUUUGUUCUGGCUGGCCAGAGAGCUGAGGGUAAUGCUGCUUCUUAAACUGAACAGACGAGAGUCUGAACCUCUUCUGUGGUCUGUACACAUGAGGCAGGUCCACAUACGCCUGUUCUCAGCUUCCGUUUUUCACUUAAGAUCCCUUGGACAAAUGUCUUGCCGGUGUUGAAAACAUUGGGAAAUGACCUGAUAUUUGCACAUUUUGAAAGGGGAAAUUAGGACUCUUGUCAAAGUAUUGUAAGGACAAAAAAAAACAAGACACUUUUUUCAUUUUGUUUUUAUAUAUUUUUAUACAGACUUUUUUUCUGACGAGAAAAUGCCAUUGCCUCGUGUCAAGAGGUUAUCAUUUCACUACACUUGCAUAUGUGUAUAUUAGUUUGUAUGCAGCAGUAUGUAUGUAUGUCUGUAUGUAUGGUAAAUCUGUUUUUAGGAUUAUUAUUCAGUGCGUUUGUGGAAUUUUGCCAAUUGUGAUCUGUGUGACUGGAGAACUCUCAUGUGUUUUGAUAAUUAUUUAUAAAGAAAAAAAAGAGACUGAUAAUGAACUGCUAAUGAGAUCAGUGUUUGGAGAGCUGUAUAGUAUCAUGUGAUGUUACUUUUUUGUUCAUUUAAAAAAAAAAAAACAAUACAAUUGCAGCUAACCUCUUUGAGGAAAAAAAAUGGAGGUCACAAGUAAAGAAACAAGAGGAAGGUUUUGCUCCUUGAACUUAAUCUUGCGAAAACACUGACUUGUGUACACUGUCCAACCCUGGGAGCUGUGCAUCACUGAAAAAAAAAACAGAUCAGCCAUUUUCUUUUCUGAAACCAGCACUUCUCUACUUUUGUAGGCAAACCUCACUCUAACCGCAAGUUGACCAAACGGACCGUGACAUUGGCCCAUUCCGAUGUGAGAGCAGAGGUGUGUUUUCACCAUGUGAACGUUUGGCAAAUUAGCGUCCCCAAAGGAACAAUCACAAACAGACGGAUACACCUGGCAAGGGGCAGCAGCAGCAGCUGUCAGAACGGCGCUUAAGACCCGUGUGGAAUUUUAGAGUCAACACGUAAUUUGCUCUGACCCGUUCAUUAAGUCGUAAAGGCAUUCGGCGUUCUGGAUAGCAUGCUGUUUGACUUCAACCGCAUCAAAGACGGGGGGUCAAAGGGUAAAAGCUUGGAGAUUUUGUGGUGUUUUGUUUAGUUUAUCAAUGGCCACAAGCUCUUUGGGGGUUACAUGGUCACUUGGUAUGGAAGUGGUCGAAAUUCCUCACAAGAAAGUGAGAGGGCAACAGCUUCUUAAUUUCCCCUGCUCAGCAUUUCCCUCCAGUCCAACAUUACCAUCCCCAUCAAGGGUCGCUUUCUCUUUGAAUCCUCUUUGUCCAAAAAAAGGGGACACAAAAUGUGUGGUGCAAUCAUUGCAACCCAUUUCAGCAAAGUCCAUUUUCAAAAGCAUAAGCUAAUGUUGUCUUCGAUACUAGAGGGAAAACCAAGUAUUUUUCAGGCAGCCAUUGGCUGGACGGUAAAACAAUUGUUUUGAAAAAAGCUGUACAUAUAUUUAAAGCAAAUAAUAAAUUCCCACUGAUCUCUUUUGACAAACUGGAUCCUUUUUUUAUUUUGUUUUUCAUGGCAGAAUUCCAAUUAGAACUUUGUGUAGCAAAGGUGUCGACUACCUGCAUCCCCGUCUGUCAUUCAACAAUAACUUGGAAAAAGUCUGUGUGUGAACCCAUUAAUAAAGCAAGGGGCAGGGAAAUGUACUUACCGGUCAGAGCCAAAAUGGGCGCCCUUGUGAACUGAAAGCGUAAUGGCCUGUAGCCAUACUAGCUGUGUGGGUGAACCAAUGUUACUUCCCUACCUGGGUUGUCGCAGUGGACAUUGCUAAAGAGACAACGACUUGCAGAUGGAGCCAACAGGACAACUGUGAAGAUUAUCCAUGAGCAGCACAGAGAACCUGGAAGGGCACUCUCCCUUCGUCUUUGGGCUUGGGACUGAUUCAUACCAUCGAAAUGUAAAUAAAUCUUCCUGCCAAAAAAACUGAUGAGCGUAAGUUUCCACGGGACAGUCCUGUGACUUACCAUCCCAUCAGAGCUACGUCGGGAAAAUCUGUAGAAUACACAAUAUUCUUUGUAUUAGCUCAGCAAUUAAGAGACAUUCUUAUCCCCCACGGUUACACAUGUGGACCGAACGGGGUGUUUUCAUAGCUGCGAGGGAUUUCUGCCUCAUUACUCCAAGGGGAACGACUAAGCAAUACGUACCAUUACAUAAAAUAUUGUUAUUUUUCAACAAAAAAAGAUGUGGUGUCGGCUGAUGACUGGCAGAGCGGGCCAGUGCUGCAAGACCAACAAGAAAAUGCCCUCGAAGACAAGCGCAAUACGAUGCCUUCUCAACCUUAAGACGUGCUUCCUGUUUCAACCCCUGGUGUGGGUCUUCACAGUAAAACUUCCAUUUUAUAUGAGCGGUUUCCAGAAGGUGGUCGUGUGUUAUGAUAACAUCCCCUGCUACCGCAUUCUGUGCUGACAGUCUUAAGGUCUGCAAAAUGUCAAUCACCCUAAAUGCUUAAUAGCCAGAUCUCACGGGGUCACUUUUAAUGUAAGCGGACACUAUUCCCUUGCUAACAGCAUUCAAGAGAGACAUGAGACAGUAAUUACCAUUUAAGUACAAUUUAACACACCACUCAUCCAGAUAUUCUAUGUACUAAUAAGAUAUUCAGCUCAGUAUGCAUACUAUUGGAAGCUCUAUUUUUUAAAGCUUUAUGUCCUGAUAUACUGGUAUGAAUAUUCAUGAAUUGCUGUAAUUUUAGAGUGAACAUCUGUAGCUAGGUCAGUGUAGUGAACCUCCUUUUGCAAGCUAGGACCUUGAGGAUGGGGGAGGAUCAAGGGAAUUCUGGAUUUUGACUCAUUAAAAGAAAUGUGUGAACGCGUCCUGCAACAGGUCAGCCCCAAUAGCGAAGUUCGGUCUGAAUCUAAAUCUCAGUCAUGAAUGAAAAAUGCUGUUCUUUGACACUUCUGUGCCCUCUGCUCACUCAAGGCUCCAUUUUGUAUGGGGCCGAUUUUACGGAAAUCAAUUCACUUCCAUUUGAAGAUGAAGAAAGCCUGGUAGAUCUAAAGUGAAUUUAAAAAAAAAAAAAGAAAAAGAAAAUUGUAAAUGAAUCCUCCUGGGAUCGUAGCCUCAAUGCAAUGCACAGCUGCUACAGAGUCUUUUCAAAACUACACUUCCCCUUCAGGUCGAACCACAAAAUCUCUGCUGGUCUACCUCCUACUGAGAAGCCAUUGUUGGCCGGGGCCCAGGACUUACAGCAGUUGUUCAGCAGUUGAAACACGGGCCCCUUUUCCUUUUUAAAGAAACUAUCCACUGUUUGGCUUUUUGUGCCAUUUCUUUUAUACGUCUAAAUAACAGGUUUAUAUUGCCAAUAUUUAAACAUGCUCUAAUUCUGCAGUGUUAUUCUGAAAAUGCCAGCCUUUGGUGUUUAGUCCUGUCGAUGGCCCGUGUAAGUAUGAGCAAACCACACAUCAAGUCACUUCCUGUUGGGCCAUGGCACUUGCAACAUGGAGAAUCUGAUUGUUUUGUUGGUUUAGGCAUGUAUGCCUCUUUGUCAGAUCUUACUCUAAGAAAAGAAAGCUCUAAACUCAAACCGCUAUGAAGAAAAUAACCAAAAAGGCAAAAAAAAAAAAACUUGAAAAGCCCUCGGCUAGAAUACAAUUUAUUGCUGUCCAAGUUCAAGCCAUGGAUGAAAAUUCCAUUCCAACUUCAUUUGUCAGCGAAAGACCUUUUCCUUUGACAGUUUUGGAAUAUGUCCUUUCAUUUUUAAUUGUUAACAUGUCAGUAGAUUACAUUUUUUUUUAUUAGUUCGGAGCAGAAUGCACAGAGAAAAUAAUUAAUGAGUUCGAUAGGCCUCGUUCUCUUCACGCUGUCAAGCGAUGAGAAAACGUUCCAAGAGCGCUUAAAAACGUCCAGACCUGUGCUCCCUCUGGCCUGGGAUAUUCAGCGCAGCGCGGUAAUUAAAGCAGCAAGCGCAGUCGUUCUGCUUGUGGAGAUAUGCAGAGCGAUAUUUAAGCUAUAGAGUUUCUGUGCGCAAAGUGCUGACAAUAAUUGGUUCCCCCUGGAGAGCACGCAGAAAAAAGGCCUGGAACUGCCCUGCGAAUUGUUCCCUAAUUGCAACCUUGAAAUAUCGCAGCAAGUUUAUGCAUUUUUCCAUAAACACAUGGAUCUGAGCGAGCGAGCGCAUACUUACUGGCUGGAAGCUGAGCGAACAUCCACUGGGUCGUGUUUACAUGGCUCGAUGGUGGCCGGCGUUCUCAUCAGAAUGUCACAGCAGAAUUUUGACUGCUGUCCAAAGCGCCCAACAGGGCAGGUGUCCAAAUUGCUUUUUUUGCAGGGAAAGUGGUAUUACAUGAUUGGAACAGGCCUCUUGUGUAAUGGCCAGACCCACUGCAAUCAAUAAUGUUCAGGAGAGAGAAUGGUUGUUUGGGCCAGUUAUGUUUUUAUUUCCAUUGACUUGUGUUGGAAAUAUGGUAUGGUCAAGAAUUGUAUUAAUCGGACACAAAAAUCCAAGAUUAGAAACUUUCACCAAGUUUCCUUAUGUCAUGAAACAAAAUAUACAAAAUCUCCUUCCUGUAUUAAACAUUUUCAAAAAGUUUCUUCAAGAAUGAAAUAUAGGACAGAGACAUUUGCAUUUGCAGUGUUCACAAUGUUCCCAGACUCUUGUGGUGACUUGGAUAACCUACAUUGGUUCUGCGCUGAUGUCACCCAAGUGAAUAUGUUGCCUCCAUGUCAGGCAGAAACUCCCCAUGUUAUGCCUUUCUCUGCAACAUAUGCCUGCCAUAAAGGUUGUAAAAAAAUAAAGUAUGCAGUUCAAGUUCA